AAAGCUCUCAGUACUUACUUAUCCAUAGUUGAGUUUUUCUUCUUCCACUGUCAAACCGAAAACACUGGCAGAACAGCCAUAUCUCUAAAUGAGUACCCCACAACCACCUGGAGGAGACAGCAGCCAUGCAGCCAGCCGCCAAAGAGGCAUCACGUCCUGGGUGUCGGCCUGUCCCGGCGGCCUCUGGGAGGUCCAGAGGAGAGGGCCAGCGGAGAGGAAGACAGAGUUUGAGACGCCCGCCCUGGGCUCGGUGUGCAAGGUCAGGGUGCAGCUGAAAGGACAUCCAGCUCUAGACUCAGAACCACAACAAGACUCGUCCUCACAACCCUCCAGCGAAAAACAACAGCAGGACACGUCUUCACAACAACCCUCUGACGACAACAAAUGUGAGGGCGACUCAUCGAGCCCCUCCGUCUCGGUCCUGGCCUCCUCCUGGCCUCGUACUCCAGACUCAGUGCUGCAGAUCCCUGUGGGCCAGUGGGUCCAGCUCGUGGUCGGGGAGGGCCAGUGUGAUGUCAUCGAGGGAUGCUUAGAGGGGAUGAAGGCUGGGGAAGAGUGUGAGUUUCAAGUGAGGCCUCACAGUAAGGACGCCACACCGAAGCUUCCCGACACCAGGAAACAGGCAGAAGGACAUCAAGAUGCAGACGCCAGCGCAGUGGAAGAAGGCUCAUCAUCAUCAUCAUCACCUCACCACCACUGGGGCACAUACAGGCUGGAGCUCCAUUCUUUCAGCCCGGGCAAGGAAUCAUGGGAGAUGACGUCGGCAGAGAAGUGGACGUGGGUGAAGGCGCACAAGGAGCGCGGCAGCCAGCGUUUCGGGAAGGGGGACGUGUGGGGGGCGUCGGACUGCUACUGCAGGGCUGUGAAGCUGCUCAUCACCCUGACGGAGAGGAAGAACGGAGAGAAGAAGAAGAAGGGAAUGAUGGAGGCGCUGGAGGAGGGCAGUUCGCCGGAGGAGGAGUCAGACGCGGCGGCCACCACAGAGCAACAGCACAUCCCCACGGAGGAAGAGUAUAACAGUUUGAAAGCAGAGAUCCACUCCAACCUCGCCCUGUGCCAGCUGAAACUCAACCAGCCCGGCAAAGCCCGAGCCAGCAGCCAAGACGCGACCCAGCUGGACCCGCUCAGCACCAAGGCCUGGUACCGACUGGGCCAGGCCAGCCUGCUGGUCGGGGAGCUGCAGGACGCCCGGCGGGCCUUCGGGAAAGUUCUGGAACUGCAGCCCAACUCAGCGGCCGCCCGUCAGGGUCUGAAACAAGUGAACUCAAAGGAGAAGGACGUGAACAACAAGCUAGGCCAAAGACUCAGCAAGAUGUUUACUUAAUGUCUUAUAUCUAUGUUCUUACAUAGUUGCCACUGGAAAUGUUGUCAAUGUUGUCUUGUGAAUAUUGCUUACAUGUGAAUAUGUAAUCUGCAUAUAUUACAGAUGUUUUGCUUUGGUGAACAUGUUUGUCCCAUAAUGAGGAGCAGCACUGGCUUCCUCAUUCACACUACUCUACCUACUGUAAGUGGAACGUAUUGUCAGACACCGUUUUUGAAUUUCUUGUAUUUUUUUAUUCCAUGUUGUUGCAAUAGUUGCUGAUUUAAUUUUUUUUACCAACUGUAGCCUAUUGGCAAAGACUGUGCACAUGCCUUAUUAUUGUUGAUAUUGAAUGUGUGGGGGGGACAAAGGGGUCAUUUCCUGACCCAGGGAGAGUGUUGGAAUUGGGUCCCCAUUGCAUUGUAUGUAGUGAGGGGCUUUUUCGUCAACACUUUGCCCAGGGCCAAAUUUGUCAACGGCCCUGUGUGUAGGCCUACUUGUGUGUGUUCCUUAUAACAAUCUACUGGGCGUAAUUGAACACAACAGAUGAUGGUCAUCAUCACAGAAUGUCAAUUAAAUAAUAUUUAUACCAGA